GCCAUUUUGGAAUGAUGAUGUCAUAUGAUGUAACAGGUGGUGGUCCACUGGAAGCGCCAAUAGUUGAACUUUCAGUACCUGCACUCAAAUUGAUACAAUCACAUUUAGUUUAGAAGAUAUACACAAAAACGUAAAAAAACAAAAGUUCUACUCUCUUUGGUUGUUGCACUGUAGUGCUAGUGAGCUAGCUAUGACUAUAUGAGCGAUGGCUCUAGAUUUGGAUUUCUCUGAUGUAACGGUUGAAGAUCUCGACGACUGGGAAGAGGUAGUAAGUACCUCCAUAAUGUUGCGAGCCGAAAAAGAUGCAGCAAAAAUUGACUGGGAUGCCAUACCUACUGACAAACUCAUUUUAGGCACUGAGGCACUGUCCUAUGUCUCCAAACCACGUCUAGCAAAGCGAGUGAAGUACCAGGAACUUCAAGACGUGACUAAUUGUGCGGCGAGUUUUAGUGCGAGCAUAUCUACUGGUGCAUCUCGAUUUGGCAGUACAGUUACCAACCUUACCUCUCUGGCUACUGCAUCCAAGGGCUUUGUACCUGCAAACACUAAGAAUAAUACGAGUUGGGCCCUUCAAGUGUUCUACUGUUGGUGUGAAUGGAGAAACAGCUCCCAUAAAGAAACUGAUGAUAAGGUACCUAUUGAUGUUCUCACUUGUGUUGAUGCUACUGCUCUGAACAAGUGGCUUUCUCUGUUUGUAAUGGAAGCUAAAAAAAAAAAUGGCAGUCCCUACCUUUCAAAAACGAUCGAUUUGCUUUUGGCUGGAAUUAGACGUCACAUGACGUCGGUAGACCCUAUUCUCCCAAACUUUUUUGACGAGAAUGAUUAUCGUUUCGAUGGACUAAGAGGGACUAGAGACACUGUUUCACGCCAGUUACGAGAAGAUGGUGUUGGUUCCUCAGUAAAACAUGCGGAAGUGAUUACCUACGAGGAAGAAGAUAAACUCUGGGAUCGUGAAGUAUUGGGAUCUUCAACUCCGAAAUGUCUAUUUUCUACCAUCUUCUUCAUGAACGGAAAAGUUUUAUGCCUGAGAGGAGGGCGCGGGCACAGGGCUCUUAAGUUAUCCCAAUUCACUUUUGGAGUUGAAAAUAAGCGUGAAUAUGUCGAAUACAUUGAGUUUGGCUCGAAGAAUAGAUCAGGAAGCUAUAAAGACAACACCGACAACAAAGUUAUCAGGCAUUUCUCUGACCCAUCCUCAGGCGAUCGCUGCUAUGUGUAUUUGCUGAAGAAAUAUUUAGAUAAAUUGCCUACCAAAGCCAAGGAAGACGAUUCCUUCUACUGGAAAGCCAAGGAAAGGCUUCCUACAGAUGCAGACGCUUGUUGGUUCACGAUGCAGACCUGUGGCAAAAAGCUCCUAGGAAACCUUGUCAAACUAAUGUGUGAGCAAGUUGGCAUAUAUGGAAAAACAAAUCACAGUCUGCGGGCUACUGGGGCCACACGAUUGUUUGCUGCAAAUGUUCCAGAGAAGUUAAUAGCUGAACGUACUGGUCAUCGCAGUACAGAAGGUCUACGAGUGUAUGAACGCACUUCCAUGGAACAGAAACAGUCAGUGUCUGAUAUUAUUGCUUGUUCUUCUAAACGGGACUUCGAAGUCAUUGCAAAAGAAGAGACUAGCAGACUCACUAGCUCUGGAAAUCCGAAUAAAAUUUCUUUUGACAACUGUGAGAACCAAUGUACAAAAGAGUGAUUGUUAAUUAUGUUAUGUGUGCUUGAUGGUUCAAAAACAAUCGUUAUGCUUAAAAAAUGAUGUUUAAUAAUACACAGGAAGUCAUGAAUACUUAAUGAAAACUACUAGUAACUACAACGGUG